UGGGAAGCCGUACCGCUUCUUUAAUUCAUUUAAAGACAAUGUACAAACAAAUCUCAAUACCAAGGGUAGAGUUUCGUAGUCAGUAAUCAACUGCUAGUAUACUAUUUACCACCAACUAGUGUAUUAAAAAAUAUAUUUCUAAAAGUCAUACAGGAGGUAUUUUUUAAAUAGACAAUUAUAAAAUUUUCUUUUCCUUAAAAAGUAUUUAAAAAUUCAAUUUUGCAAUGGAAUCAGAAUAUAAAUGCAAAGAAUUCUCAGCAGAUAGUUGUAUACUAAAUCAAAGUAGUAGGUGUGGUACUGCUCAAGUAAAACGCAAAACUAGGUCCACCCGAAGACGCCUGAAUGCUUUAAUGAACAAUACUUCGCUACACUUUUCGGAUACUGAUUCUGAAGGAGAAUUGACAAUCAUACAUCCAGGAGGAAAGAAAAAUAUAUCUUCUAAAGUCAAUGCUAUUCCUCAAAACAUACCCAAUCCCGUUGUUUCGGUAACUGUAGACGGAGUUGAAUAUCAAGAAUCAGACUCUACGUAUCAGGAAAAUUUUUAUUUAACAAGAGAACGUCGGAAUAGUUUUGUAGAUAACUUAACUGACGUUGAUGAAAUUUAUACAAGUGAUGUUGAAUCUCAUGAUACUAAGGAAAAGAAACCAGCUAGAAAUAGUUUGAGUGUGGGUUUCAAUAGUCAUCAAGGAGAAACUGAUGUUGAAGAUUUAGCAUAUGAAGACGGAGAAGAACCAGCUCCAAUAUGUGUUGAAGCUCGAUCCGAUAUUUUCACUGACUUUAAUGGAGAAACUAUUACCACAAAAGAAGGAGAUGGUCCAUUUUCGGUUGAAGUAAGAAAUCAAAUUUGUACAGCAAGGGAAAAAGAAGUUCAUUCUAAAAUGCCAGAUAUUAUUGUCAUGCCAACAACUGAUAGUGAAGAUAUGGAUGCCUCUGACGAAGAUGAUGAACUUGAAGGUGCUUGUGGAAUUCAAGAAGAAAUAGUUUUGGACGGCCUUGCAGCUUCUCAAAUUGUUAUGAAAAAUCUGAAUAAAAUAGAUCAUCUACUUAAUGUUGCUAAAGAUGUUUCAGACGAUGGAAUUAGUGACAGUCAUACCGAUGUAGAAGAUCUGGAGUAAAGUAAUUUUUAAAUUAGAUAAAAAAAUAAAACGUGGGCGAAUGAUGAUCUCGAUUAUAAAAUAACUGGCAGAGUUAGAAAAAAAUUUGCUAUAAUAUUGUUUUCGUGUAAAUGUGAACAUAAGAGAAAAAUUAUUUGAAAGCAAUUAAACAAUACACUUUAAAAAUUCUUUACUUUGUCAGCAGAGAAAAUUAACUUUGCUUGUAGUUAAAUUUAUAAAGGAAUCAAUUUUUUAAUGCAAUGUUAAAUUCCACAUCCUUUUUUCCGUUCUUGUGAUAAUUAUUUAAAUAACACUAAAAGAUUUAAUUUAAUAUUUCAACAAUUACGAUCGAGAUAAUUAUAUAAAGUAACAUUUAUCAUAUACAGCAAAAUUAAAAUUUUAAACGUAUGACCUUGACCCUUGUACUCAAAUUUUAGUAUGAAUUAUAUUUGAACUGAAGUAAAUUCACUUUUAUUUUAACAAACAUUAUAUAAACGGAAGAAAAACAAUGUGAUAUCAAAUAAAAAUUGCAUUAUACAUCGUAAUACAUAUUAAGCUUAUUUUAUUGUACUUGAAAAUUAUUUUUACCUUAAGAUAUUUGAUUUUUGUGAAAGCAAAAAAGCUUAUUUUUACUCCUUCUACAAUUUUUUUUCUCUUUUACAAAUAAGAAUAUUGAAAGUUAUUGGUAUUGAUAAUUUAACAAUUGAAUAACGUAGUGUAAAAAAAUAAUUAUUUUUGCAUUUUUGUGAAAUAAAAGUGAUGUACCUUUGGAAAAUGUGAUAUGUAGAAAAAAGAAUGAUAAUUUUUUAAUAAGAAAGAGUGGAUUCUUUCCAAAUCCUAUGUAAAAAACAUCUUAAUUUAAAUAAAUUAAUACUUAAAUUGCCAAUGCUAAAGCAACGACAUUCAAUUUUUAUAUAAAAAAAGUUUACACAUGAAUUUAAAAAAAACUUGUAAUAAGUUGGCAAUGUAAAAACGUAUGUUAACCAGGAAUUAAUUCUAUGUAAUUUAGAGUUAUAUUAACAGUGUUGUUAUUAAAAAAUGUUCAGUAGCUUCUCUGUCGAAAAUGUAACCAACAAUAGUAGGUUUAAUAAAUGUUUAAAGAUA